UAUUAGUGAGAUAUUUGCUAAGCUACCUUCCCGACGUCGCCGGUGUGCCGCUGCUUCACUCGCGGUGCUUGGUAGCUCUCACAUGCAAAGCACUGUCUUCUCGGCCCACUCCGCUCCGCGCCUCUCCAUACAUUCACCACUGUCAUCCAUUUUUCAUCGAGUGCGGCAGUGCGUUAUUUCUCAGCUUCCCUUCACGACCACGUCUACUACCUCAACAUCCAUCAUCGCACGCCCGCGACCCCACUUGCCUCCCACAGGACAUCUCAUUCCAUCAACCUCUGCCUAACUCGAACACCGCCACCAUGAGCGAUCUCGACAGCCUCGUCGACAUGGGUUUCGACAAAGAGAAGUCCCAGAUGGCGCUAAAGAAAGGUGGCAAUCUGCAAGGCGCCAUAGACUGGCUCGACAAGAACGCCGACCGCAGCAUCGAGCAGCUCAAGGCGGAUGAGGCCGAAGACGCCGAGGCACCGCAGUUGGAGGCAGGCGAAACCGCACGAUCUAUGAUUUGCAACGAGUGCCAGAAGAAGUUCCGAUCGAUGGCGCAGGCACAAUUCCACGCCGAGAAGUCUGGGCAUACAGACUUCGCUGAGUCAACGGAGGAGAUCGCACCCUUGACUGAAGAGGAAAAGAAAGCUAAGCUCGCAGAGCUGCGCGAGAAGGCCGCGGAGAGAAAGGCUAAGCAAGCCGUCGAGGAGAAGAAGGAACAGAAGCGGAACGAAGAGAUUCGCCGGAAGCACACCAAAGAGUCGGACGAUGCCAAGGAGGAGCUCGCGCGGAAGGAGCAGAUCAAGGAAGCGGCAAAGAAGCGACAGGAGAAGGCUGAUGAUAUCGCUGCGAAGAAGCGGAUCAAAGACAAGAUCGAGGCUGACAAGGCUGCUCGCAAGGCCAAGAUCGAAGAAGAGAAGCGGAUGCGCGAGAAUCCUGCCGCGUACAACCCUGGUGCUGCGACUGCUCCUUCCGGCGCUGCUGCUGCGGCUGCUCCUGCGGCUGCUCCUGCCAAGGUGGUAAACCACAGUGAAGCACGUCUGCGGCUUCAGACCCCAUCAGGCAACGUCAUGAAGACGAUGCCGGCCGAGACAACACUAUUCGAAGUUGCAGAAGCUAUCAAGCACGAGAAAGGCACCGACGUUACCAGCUUCACACAAGCCUUCCCGAGGAAGACAUGGAGCUACGAGGACUUCGGUCUGACGCUGAAGGAAGCAGGUCUGGUGCCAUCGGCUGCGCUUGUCGUGAAAUAGAAGGAGCAUGACCGAGCUAGGCCGGUGGACCGGACGCAGAGAAGUGACGGUUCGGUCGCCCUGUACGACAAGAAGAGGUCUGUAUUCGACGAUCUUGAUCGGGUAAAACCAAUUCCUGGAAGCCAUGGUCACGAAAAUGCCGAAAAACGACUCCAACAUUCCCCACGCAACGCUUCCUCUCCACGACCAACGCGGGCGUGUGCUCACUCACCAAGGCCGUGGUCACUCCUACACCCACGAUAUCACUUCGUCAUGCGACUGCGCGGUCCAUGAAGCGAACCCGCUCUUCUACUGCACUAAAAUUCUUUGGCGUUCUUUUCACGAUUCUCAGCAUAGCGAGGUGCUGGAAGGACGGCGGUCACGGUGAUGACAAAGGCGCUCUUUCAUUGUUGGUGUGCAUGCAUUGAAUGUGCAUCAUUCGGCCAGAGAGCCCAAAGCCCAUGUGUAGAUACGAUCGUCACGUGUAAAUGAGACACAAAACUUCGCAUUGGCUCUCGUUCAUGCUCCGCCGUCCCCUUCUAAGCUCACGUUCGCGUGCUUUCUCCCGCUCGUUGCUUGCUUGCGGUACACAUCACCCGGCCCCUCAUAGCCACGCUUCGACUGGCGUCUGCG